AGUUACAGGUCGUUCGGCGAAAAAUUUCGCCGCUGCCGUCGCCGCUAUGGCGACGGGUAAGGGGGUGGCGACGCCGCCUCUGUGGCCAGUAGAGGCCCGGCUGGCGGCGCUGCUUCCAGACCUGCUGGUCUUCAGAAAGCCCCGGGGAUCGGAACACGAGCUUGCCACGGCCCAGGGCGUCCUCCUUGGCGUCCACGUGACGGGGUUUACAGCAUUAAUGGACAGGUUCAGCCUGAGCUGCAAGUCGGAACGUGACAUGGACACAUUGGCCCACAUCUUCAGUUAUUACAUUAGUGACAUCGUGGAGCAUGUGCUCUGUUUUGGAGGGGAUAUCCUAAAUAUCACAGGGAAUGUGCUCCUGGCACUCUGGACAGUGGAACAGGAUCAACUGAGUGACAUCAUUACCCUGGUGGCAAAAUGCAGUCUGGAGAUACAGGAGAAAUUUGGGAUCUACCAUACCAGAGAAGGCCAGGACCUGCAGCUAAAGAUAGAGCUAUGGAAAAAUUCAGAUGCUGAACACACUGUUGAUAAGGUUGUGAGGAAUAAGCCUUCUCACACAGUGCUGGUGGGAGUCAACAGUGGUACAACUUCCCUGGAGGGUGAUUCAGUAAUCUCUACCGAGAUUACAAAUGCAUUUUUUCUUCAACCCAGCAAUCAACAUUUAUCCUUCAGCCCCAACGUUUAUUCUAUAGGUCUGUCUGCAGGUCGGAUUUCCCAGGUUAUUGUUGGAGACGAGCAGCGACAGUACCUCUUGGUGAUCGGGCGUGAUGUAGAUGGUGUCCAGUUAGCUCAGCGGUUGGCUCAGGCAAAUGAGAUUGUCUUGUCCUGGAACUGCUGGAAGCUCUGUGAGCAGUACAUGUUUGAAGUGGAAAUCAUGAGGGAGGAUGAAGCUGUGAAGUUAAGAGAUAUGCGGAUCAUUGACCCAUUUGAUUUUGAUGAGCAUUUUUACAAGUGCCUCGAUUACCUGCCACAUUACCGGACAAGUGCUGACAUUCUAAGAGCUGCCCUGGAGUUGGAUCCAGACUCUGCACUUGAGCAAACCCUGCGGAAGCACAUAAUGAAAAACCUUUUGAAGAAGAUUGAUGAAGGCCAACCUAUGGAGUAUAUAUCCGAAUUCCGUACUGUGACUAUGGUUUUGGUCAGCCUAGAAUUCCACAAGACAGCAUGGAUGUUGCAUUUGUGUCAUCUUAUCCAGGAGGCUGCCUUAUACAUCUCCACAGUGAUAGAGAAAGGGGGUGGCCAGCUGAGCCGGAUCUUUAUGUCUGAGACAAGCUGCAUGUUCCUCUGUGUUUUCGGCCUUCCUGGGGAUAAGAAGCCAGAUGAGUGUGCACAUGCCCUGGAGAGCUCCUUCAGCAUAUUCAGCUUCUGCUGGGAGAAUCUUGCUGAGACCAAGCUUGUUUCCAUCAGUAUCACCAGUGGACCAGUAUUCUGUGGCAUGGUUGGGGCAGUAGCAAGACACGAAUAUGCAGUUAUUGGCCCAAAAGUAAGCCUUGUGGCAAGAAUGAUAACUGCUUAUCCAGGUUUGGUGUCCUGUGAUGAGGUAACAUAUCUAAGAUCUAUGCUACCUGCUUACAACUUUAAGAAACUCCCAGAGAAAAUGAUGAAAAACAUCUCCAACCCAGGGAAGAUGUAUGAAUACCUUGGCCAUAGAAGAUGUAUAAUGUUUGGGAAGAGACAUCUGGCCAGAGAGAGAAAUAAAAAUCACUCUUUGCUAGACCGGGAGAAAGAACUGGAAGCCUUCCGAAUGGCACAGCAGGGAAGUUUGCAACAAAAGAAGGGCCAGGCAGUUCUGUAUGAAGGUGGAAAAGGCUGUGGAAAAAGUCAGCUGUUGGCUGAAAUAAACUUCCUGGCCCAGAAAGAAGGGCACAGGGUGUUGCCAUUGAAGCUGAAGGAAGCAGAUUCCAAGCAGUGCUUCUAUGCCAUCCAGACCCUCAUGGCCAUCUUCUUUGAGAUUGAUAUGUGCCCAGCCUAUUACCGGCAAGAGCGCCUCCACAAACAGCUCCAUGGGAUGGUGGAGGAAUCGCUUCACUGCCUGUUUAAUGACCUCUUCUUUGUGAAGUUUCCCUUAUCCUUCGAAGUUUCGCACAUGGAUGACCUGACCAGACAAAAGAAGGUUAAAGCAUGUUUUUUUCAAGUGCUGCAGAAGGCAAUGAGGGAAACACCACUGAUUUUCCUCAUUGAUGAGGCCCAGUAUAUGGAUGCAGACUCCUGGGAGUUUUUGGGAACUUUGCUCUCCAGUGUGCCCAUCAUCAUGGUGAUGACAUUGACCCCUACCUUCACCCUUUGUGGCUGGGCCCAGCACUUCCUGCAGAGCCCUCAGGCUAUCUUUGUGCCCAUUUCGAAGUUGGCAGCGACCUCACUGUUGAGAAUGGCAUGUUGGGAACUGGGGGUGGUGAGCAUCCCCCAAGAGCUGCAGAUCUACCUUCUCCGCAGGUGCUUUGGAAACCCCCUUUACUGUGAGAUCUUAUGCCAGGACCUUCUCUCUAAGAACAUAUUGCUCUUUCAUGACCUCCAAAAGGAGGAGGGGGAGAACAGCAAGUGGGAGACCCUGUCAGCCAAUGCCAUGAAAUCCACAAUGUAUAGUAUUUCUCCUGCCAGCUCUGAAGACCAGGAACUUUAUGUCUGCACAGUCAAGGAUGAUGUGAACUUGGAUACAGUGCUUCUUCCACCGUUAUUAAAAGAAAUAGCAGUGAACCAACUGGAUCAACUGAGCCCAGAGGAACAGUUGCUGGUUAAGUGUGCUGCAGUCAUUGGUCACUCCUUCCACAUAGAUCUGCUGCAGCACCUCCUGCCUGGCUGGGGUAAAAAUAAGCUACUUCAGGUACUGAGGGCUCUUGUGGAUAUACAUGUGCUCCGCUGGUGCAACAAGAGCCAAGAGCUUCCUACUGAGCCAAUAUUAAUGCCUUCCUCUAUCGAGAUUAUUGAACAAACCAAAGAGGAGAGAAAGUCAGAUGCUGGCUCUCCUCUCAGGCUACAAGAGAAACUAUCCCUACCUCAAACCGAGGUGCUAGAAUUUGGAGUGCCUCUAUUGCAGGAAGCGGCUUGGGAGCUGUGGCCCAAGGCACAACAGACAGCCCUACACCUUGAAUGUGCCUGGUUUCUUCGAGAUUUGGCCUGCCGCUGUGGGAGCUGUCAUGGGGGGGACUUUGUCCCCUUCCACCGUUUUGCCAUCUGUUCUACUAAGAGCUCCAGUGGGACCUCCCGAUUCUGUAGCUACAAAGAUACUGGCUCGAUACUAACACAAGUGAUCCCAGACAAAUUGCAGCUGCCUUCUCCCCAAGACAGUUUUCAGUUCCAGACAAAAUCACCCAGAAGUCAGGAGGCCUUCACAAGGGAACACUGCAGAACAGAGGAAGAGUUCCUGGAUCAAGUGAACAGGAAACUGGCUCAGACCAGCCCUGAGAAAGACAUGUUAACCAUGAAGCCCUGCCACUGUAAGGAAGUCCUGAAGUUAGUGCUGUCACCUCUCACCCAGCACUGCCUGGUCAUUGGAGAAACCACUUGUGCGUUUUAUUACCUGCUGGAGGCUGCCGCUGCCUCCUUGGACCUGUCAGAUAAUUACAUGGCCUUCCUUUAUCUGAGGAAGGCAAGCAGCCUUCUGGGCCAGCCCUCAGCAUUCUCGUUUUAUAAACAGCGCAAGGUGAAGAUCUGUCAGUUUGAGGAGGCCACUUUCUGCUGUCUUCGGUCAGAGGUCUGUUUCAACAUGGGACAGAUCACCUUGGCCAAAAAAUUGGCUAGGCAAGCCCUUCGUCUGCUGAAAAGGAAUUUCCCUUGGACCUGGUUUGGUGUCAUUUUCCAAACAUUCCUAGAGAAAUGCUGGCGUUCCUGUUCCCUGAGCCAGCCCCCAGACAAUCCUAGUGAGAAUAAGAAGAAGCUGGCAAUCCUGCAGCAGCAGGUGCAAUGCCUCUCCCUGCUCUGGCAGCUCUACAACCUGGAGGCCACGGCCAGCAGCCGCAGGUUUGCCUGCCUGGCCACUCUUAUGCAGGAGAAUUCAGCCAAGGAGUCUGCCAGUGAAGCCCAGGUUGUCUCUACCUACGUGGCCCUCUCCCAGUUCUCCCAGAACAUGGGUGACAAGGAGAAGUGGCUGCAUUGUGAGCAGAUGGCCAUUCAGAAAAACAGCCUGUGUUGGUUCUCCAGGGAGGGAUUGUUGGCCACAGCCCAGCUCAUGCAGGCCUUGGCCUACACCAAGCUCUGCCUCGGCCAUCUUGACUUCUCCAUCAGGCUGGGAUGGCUGUGUCGGCCCUUUGGGGAAUGUCUGCAUUUCAUUCAACAUUACGAGCACAGCUGCAUUCUAAAUUCUCAGAGCAAUGUCAUGCUGGGGGUCCACUCCUCUCUGGCCAUGUGGUUUGCCCAGGACUCACAGUGGAAGCUAUUUGAGCACCACUUCUCCAAGGCUCACCAGUUGGUGAAAAGAACCAAUGCCUCACUGUUUGGUUCACAUGGCUUUGUCCGAUUCCUAGAGUGCCAUGUGCUAAUGUUACAGAAGAUGCCAGAGGGUGUCUUCGCACAUACUGCCUCAGAGACUCCCCGCCAAACCCUCAAGUACUUUAAGGAGUUCUUCUCUCGAUGUGUGACCUGCCCUGUCUAUCACCAGUGGGUCUCUGAGCUUAAAGCCUCUGUAAUGAGAUGUGGAAAGAGAGAGUCCAUGUCCUUGACUAACGUCAUCAGACCUUUUGACACCUGCUUGACCAGGAUUUGGAUAGAGGGAGAAUUCCUGGAGGAAAAUAACUCCUUUGAAGGAAAUUUGCAGAGUAAGCAUUCCUUCCUGGAACCCUUGUCUGAGAGACAUAAAGAACAGUCUCAGAUUCUUACUCACAAGCAGUCAAAGACUGUACCUCCAAGUAAGAAGGGACAUGCAGAUAAUUAGGAUUAGUCCUUGCUCCAGAGGUAAUUGUCCUUCUCUCACAGUGCCGGACCCACCCUAGACAGAGACCCCUUAUAUUGUUGAACAGUGUAAGAGCCUCUCUUGGCCCUUUGUUUCAGCAUCUAUAACCCUUAGGCAUAGGAAGUUCCUCCCUGGUCCCAGCUUAAACAAAUAGAUUGUUCCCUUGAAGUAGCUGGAUGGUUACUAAGGGAGAAAGAAGGCCUUAGAAACCACAAUGUAAUGUCUGUGAAGGUAAAUGAUAAGAUAUGGGCAAGUAAAAGAGAGGAAAGAAUAUAGUUUCUUGCUUUAGGGCCCAGCAAAUCUCCUCCUCCAGGCCAUGAGUUAAAUUUGUAAUUGCUGAGGAAGUUCUUUGUGUUUGUAUUAUUCUUUAUGUUCC